AUGAGCACAUGCCCCACGGUGGCACUGGAAGUCAUGCUAGAGCUCACACCGCUGCAUCAGGUGAUCAAGCUAGCAGCAAAGCACACCAUGCUGCUUAUGUCAGCAAAAGGCUGUGGAAGAGGAAAGGUAAUGUCCUCUAGACAGAUGGACGAACUGACGGAGAGCACACCGCUAGCUCUCCUUCCUAAGGACAGCACCACUAAGAAAAUAAACUUCAAGAAGAACUUCAAAGUCACUCUAGGCAGCAAGACGGUGUGGAGUGAUUCCGCGCUGGAAAGGCUGCUGGAAGACAGCACCAUUCAGUGGUACACUGAUGGCUCAAAAACACCGGAAGGUAUUGGGGCAGGUAUCGCGGGACCGCGUACCAAGCUGUCCAUACCUAUGGGCAGCUUCUCAAGUAUCUUCCAGGCAGAAGUUUUUGCCAUCAGUCAGUGGGCUGAAGUCAACCUCAGCCGCAACUAUCGUAACCAGCGUAUAGCUAUUCUCAGGGAUAGUCAAGCGGCACUAAAAGCGAUCUCAUCCUACGAGACCAAAUCGCUUCUAGUCGAGGAAUGCGUAGAAUGGCUAAACCGGCUGUCGUUGUGUAAUCGGGUGCACCUAAUAUGGGUACCAGGGCACAAGGGAGUAGAAGGUAAUGAGAAGGCCGACGAACUGGCCGGCACUGCAGCAGCGUCAAAGAUGUUGGGACCGGAGCCAUACAUAGCGGUAGGACCCUACACUUUCAAAGAGCUGCUCCGCACGGAGGAUAGAGUGGAGAGAGAACGGCACUGGCGACAGGCAGCAGUCUCGAAUAUCGAGGGUAUCGAUAUUUCGAAACCGAUCACUGCUUGUAUCACUAGUGCCCAAUUGAAUUUCGAACAGUGA